AUGGAGUCCGAAGAAUCUAGAAAUCAAAACUGCUGCUGCAACAAAGGUAGCAUUGUGGACUCGCUAACGAGAGAGCUUGCGGACAAAGACGCAGACAUUCAAAAUUUACGACGUGAGUUGUUUCUGGCGAAGGAACACGCUCGGCGGACACUUGAGGGGAAGCAGAAGCUCGAGUUAGAACUCAUUAAGCUGGAGAAAGAACACGAUGGCUGUCCCAAAAGAUACGACGUAGAUUCGCUCUGCACCUCAGAUGAAAGGACUCAGUUUUACACUGGACUGCCAAGCUUAGAUAUAUUUGAUGCACUGCAUGAGUUUCUCGACCCAGGAGAAAAUGGCUGCAACAUCUUGAGGCAGAAAAAGCAAGGGCAGACACCACCACAGGUAGCAUGUGGUAGGAUGAGAAAACUCUCAACAAGGAGUGAGCUAUUUCUUGUUCUGGUUAGGCUACGCCUGGGGCUGUUCGAGCAGGAUCUUGCAGAGCGCUUUGGAAUCUCCCAGUCGACAGUGUCUCGCAUCUGCACAUCGUGGUUAAACUUCAUGUAUGUGAAGCUAGGAAAGUUGCCACUCUGGCAGUCUCGCUAUGUGGUGGACCAAACGCUGCCCAAGGUCUUUCUGGAGAAGUAUCCAACCACAAGGGUCAUUCUCGACGCGACCGAGAUUCGGAGUGAAGUAGCAAGUUCAUUAGGUCUCCAGUCGAGCACCUACUCAACGUAUAAAAGUGCAAACACUUUCAAAGGACUUGUUGGAAUAGCACCAAAUGGGCUUGUGAGCUUCGUGUCGGAACUUUUUACAGGGUGCACGUCUGACAAGGAGUGUGUCAUAAGGAGUGGAUUCCUUGAUUUGCCCUUCGAAGAUGGCGACUCUGUCAUGGCAGAUAAGGGUAAUACAAUUGCUGAUAUUCUACACAGAAAGAAUGUGCACUUAAACAUUCCCCCGUUUCUUCGUAAUGAAGAAUUCUCUGCAGCGCAAGUGCAUGAAACGGAAGAUAUAGCUUCCUUGCGUAUCCAUGUUGAACGACGAAUCCAGCGCAUAAAGACAUUCCGUAUUUUCGACAGAGUUGUGCCACUAAGCCUUGGGCCUGUGUUGAACCAAAUGUGGACUGUUGCUGUUAUUUUGACUAAUUUUCAGGGUCCUUUGCUCAGUGAAGAUAGCAACUAA